AAGUGGGGGAUUUCAUCUGAAUCUCUGGUUACCAAACAAAUUUCAAUUGAAGUUUUAUUUUUGAUACGAAAUUUCAACUGAAGUUGCUUAUAGAAGAAUAACUUUUGUUCAAUGACACUGUUGUCAAAAGUAUGUGAAUUACUUUUCUAUUAUUUUCCGAUGAGCAAGUAUUCUUCUAUAACUUUGAUUUUUUUUUUUAACUACAUCAAAAGCACUUUUUGGUGGUUUUAGAAAUGCAAAACGCCCUUAUGAUAAUUCUGGAGGGUGUUACACACUUGUUGAUAUAUUCAAUAACAAGUUUGGAGUCGCCUUCAACUUGGAUUUUGGAAAAAUUAUUCUCCAAAGCAUAGAAUAGGCCAUCUCUUACUUAGAGCUCUUCCUUCAACAAUAGGAACAGGUCAAUGACCAAUAUUUUUAGAACCAGCUGAGCGAGAGAUUACAUCUGAGGUUCUGAUUACAAAACCAAUUUCAAAUGAAAAUGCUUAUAUUUUUGUUCAGUAACACUUUAUCAGAAGCAUAUAAAGUUCUUGCAUUACACUUUCAAUCGUUUCCGAUGAGCAAGUAAAGAAGAAAAAAACUUGGCGGUUUGAUUUUCCGAAAACAUGCCAUCGGGCCAACCUGGGCCUUACAGAAAAUUGGUGCCCAUUACACGUAUCUAAACCAAGAAAGCAACACUUCUAGAACAGAAAAAAAAAAAACCGGGUUUUUUGUUUUGGUCAAUGGUCAUGAGUUGAGAACCGGGUCGAGCUCUUACGUUACAUAGAAAUCCAUCAAAACCCGCACGCUUGGGUCCUCCCACUCCCACAUAUAAAAACACAAACCCCUCACCAUUUCUCUGUUUCCCAAACGCACUCAAAGACUGAGACAGCAAUCACCAAAGACAAGUAAGUCAUCUUCUCCUUUGAAUCCAUCUCACACAGUUCAGAACCUUUAUCAGCUUAUUUGAUGCAUGCAGCAUUUUCUGGGUAGUGUUUGAUUGAUCAUUAAGUCUGUAUUUGAUGCAUGCAGCAUUUUCUGAUUGAUUGAUUGAUCAUUAAGUCUGUUAAAGAUGACAUCUUUGGAGGGUUUUGAGCCCGUAGCUAUUUCCCCACAGAAACAAGACCCAGGAUGGAAACACUGUCAACUUUACAUUAAAACUGGGGACCCAAAAGUUGAGUUAAAGAAGUGUUUAUAUUGUGGCAAAGUGUUUCAGGGUGGAGGGAUUAAUAGGUUUAAAUCUCACCUUGCUGGUAGAAAAGGAAAUGGUCCCAUUUGUGAUCAGGUCCCUCCUGAUGUUCGAGUUUCCAUGUUGCAGUGCUUAGAUGAAAAAAUUGCAUCUUUAAGGCACAGAAAGAGUCAAAUGGGUGUGAACCCGAGUCGUAGUUUUAGUGAACUAGACAAUGUGUUUGCUGAAAAUGAAGUUGGAGGGCCCAAUUUGAUGAAUCAAGAGGAAGAUGUGGGAAUGAGUGUUGAUAAUGGGAUUAGGGUUGGUGAUAAUCUGACUGAUGUGCCUCUUGAGAUUGAUGAUUGUUUUAGGAGUGAUGGUCUCGAGGGAUUGACUACUGUGCCUCUUGCAGCAGUUGACUUGUAUAAGGGUAAUGCUCUAGGGAGAAAAGCUGGAGUACCGAAUUACAGUUUUUCGGAAAAUCAAGAGGAGGGUGUUGAUAGACGAGUAGGGUGGAGAGGUGGAACUUCUUUUGUAGCUACUACUGCUGGUUUCGGUUCUGGUUCUGCUAAUGCUACUAAAUUGAGUUAUGUCCCAGCUCCUAUUCGUAGUGAGGUAGACAAGCCAUUUUACGAAAACACGCAAGGAAGAUCAGUUAGUCAUCCCAAUUCAUAUUUGUUUGAAAAUGAAACAGAUGUUGGCACAAGUAAUACAAAUGGGAAAAACAGGAAGAGGGUAAGAGAUGAAAAUGGAUCAAUGGUUGCUAAUGCUGGCACUAUUGGCAAUAAUGGUGAAGUUGAAAAGGUGAACAGUCAGCAGAUUCAUAUGGCAAUAGGACGGUUUCUAUAUGAAAUUCAGGCUCCUCUGGGUGCCGUGAAGAACUCUGUUUAUUUUCAGCCAAUGAUUGAUGCAAUUGCUUCUGGGGGAAUGGAGAGUAAACCACCCUCGUAUCAUGAUCUUCGGGGUUGGAUAUUAAAUAAUGUGGUUGAAGAAGUAAAGAAUGAUAUUCAUCAGCACAUGAAUACUUGGGAAAGGAAUGGUUGCUCGCUUCUAGUAAACCAAUUGAACUCCGAAAAGGGUAGAAUAUUGCUAAAUUUCUCAGUGUACAGUCCCCAAGGAACAACAUAUUUGAAAUCUGUGGAUGCUUCCUCAUUUAUAAAUUCUCCAGAUGCUUUGUAUGAGAUUCUUAAGCAAGUGUUGGAAGAAGUUGGAGUUGGGCGUGUUUUGCAAGUAAUUACAAAUAGUGAAGAGCACUAUGUUGUUGCUGGGAAGAGGUUGAUGGAUACGUUUCCUACGCUGUACUGGUCUCCCUGUGCUGCUGCUUGCAUAAAUUUGAUACUCGAGGAUUUUGGAAAAGUUGAGUGGAUAAAAUCUAUUAUAGAACAGGCUAGAUCUGUUACAAGAUUUAUCUAUAAACAUGUCGUCAUUCUGAAUAUGAUGCGGAGGUAUACUUUUGGAAAUGACAUUGUGAAGGUGGGAGUAACUCGGUUUGCUACAGACUUUAUGACUUUGAAACAUAUGGCUGACCUUAAAUUCAAUUUGCAGACUAUGGUUACUUCAAAAGAAUGGGAAGGGUGCCCUUAUUCUCAAACAUCAGGAGGAUCAGCAAUGCUGGAUGUAUUAAGUAAUCACACAUUUUGGUCUGCGUGCAUUAUGAUCACCCGAUUAACAAAUCCGCUCCUGCGAGUUUUGAGAAUUGUUGGUAGCCAGAAGAAGGCAGCAAUGGGAUAUGUAUUUGGAGGAAUGUAUCGAGCAAAAGAAACAAUCAAGAGAGAACUUGUCAAGAAAGAAGAAUAUAUGGCUUACUGGAAUAUUAUAGAUUACAGGUGGCAAAAAUUAUGGGAUCUUCCUCUUCAUGCUGCUGGUUUUUACCUUAAUCCCAAGUUUUUCUAUAGCAUCAAGGGAGAAAUGCACAAGGUGAUUAUGUCAAAAAUGCUUGACUGCAUAGAGAAAUUGGUUCCAGAUUUAAAAGUUCAAGACGAAAUUAGCAAAGAGAUAAACUUGUACAAAAAUGCUGUUGGAGAUCUGGGGAGGAAUUUGGCCAUUAGAGCUAGAGACACUCUGCUUCCUGCUGAAUGGUGGUCUACAUAUGGCGGUGGUUGCCCAAAUAUGGCACGUUUUGCAGUUCAUAUUCUCAGUCAAACUUGCAGCUUAAUUCAGUGCAAGGAGAAUCAGAUUCCUUUUGACCAACUGCACAAGACAAGGAACAGCUUAGAGCAUCAACGGCUUAGUGAUUUUGUCUUUGUUCAGUACAACUUGCAACUAAGACAGAUGGUUCAUAAGAACAAAGAGCAUGAGUAUGUGGAUCCUAUAUCAUUUGACAACACCAGCACUGUUGAAGACUGGGUAACAGAGACUGACAUGUACCUAGAAGACAAUGAAAAUACUGAUUGGAAGGCACUUGAACCGCCCUCUUAUAAUUCGAGGCUUUUAGAACUUUCAGUUGAUGAAGCUGAAGACUUGGGUUCAGGGUUUGAUGAUAACGAGAUUUUCUUAAACGGAUUGCAAUUGGUUAAAGAAGAACGCAGAACUUAAUGUCCCUAAGCCGAUGGUGCAGAAUUCAUGGACGCAAAUCUUUACGAUUGGUGACCACUUAGCUUCAGUUCCAUCAAAGAAGAAUGCCCCUGUAACAAAGUAGCAUAUCUAGAGAUACUCUCUGUUUCAAAAGGCGUUCUUUUUUAGUGGUAUUUUUUUUUUUUUUGGUCAAUUCGUUUUUUAGUGGUAUUACUGCAGAAGUUGCUGUCACCAUGAUGCUCUUGUGGCAAUAAACAGAACCAGUCUACUUAUUAGAGGUCCAAAUUGGAUACAAGCAAAGGAACUCACUCUCGUUAUGGAUCUUGA